CGCCCACGGCCCUCCCUCCCGGGUCCCCAGCAGAGCCGGCCCCCAGCAUGGCCCUGCUGGGCUGCCCAGCCACGUCGCUGUACCCGUUCGCCUGCUGCGGGCUCGUCUUUUUAGUCCUCCUCCUGCUCUUGUUCAGCCGGACCCGCUGCGGUCGACCCCGCUGGGGCAUCCCCGGCCUGAUCAUGGCCCGCAGCGAGAGGUUGCUUUUUCGGAUCGGAUACAACUUGUAUGCACGCACCUGGCUGGGUUAUCUCUUGUACCGAAAACAGCUUCAGAGGGCCAGACAUCGCUAUCCGGAUGGUCACUCAGCUGUCCAGCCCCGAGUCUUUAAUGGAGUGAAGGUGCUGCCCAUUCCGGUCCUUCUUGACAACUAUAGCUACCUCAUCAUUGAUACCCAAUCCAAGUUAGCUGUAGCUGUAGACCCUUCAGAUCCAAGGGCUGUCCAGGCCUGCAUUGAAAAGGAGGGGGUCUCCUUGGUUGCCAUUCUCUGUACCCACAAACACUGGGACCACAGUGGGGGCAACAGGGAAUUGAGACGGCAUAAUAGAGGAUGCCGAGUCUACGGGAACCCCCAGGAUGGCAUUGCUCACCUCACUCAUCCCCUUUGUCACCGGGAUAUGGUGAGUGUGGGGAGGCUUCAGUUCCAGGCUCUGGCCACCCCAGGUCACACCCGGGGGCACAUGAUCUAUGUGUUGGAUGGAGAACCCUACAAAGGCCCCUCCUGCCUCUUUUCAGGGGAUGUUCUCUUCCUCUCUGGUUGUGGCAGAAUAUUUGAAGGGUCCCCUGCAACUAUGUUGAACUCGCUGGACCUCAUCAUGGGCCUGGGAGAUGAUACCUUGCUUUGGCCUGGUCAUGAGUAUGCGGAGGAGAAUCUGAGCUUUGCGGGUCUGGUGGAACCAGAAAACAUGGCACGAGAGAAGAAAAUGCAGUGGGUUCAGCAGCAGCGGCUGGAAUACAGGAGCACGUGCCCAUCAACCAUUGGAGAGGAGAAGACAUACAACCCAUUCCUGAGGACCCACUGCCUUGCUCUUCAGGAGGCCUUGGGACCACUGCCUGGCCCUGGUGGGGAUGCUGGCCCUUCCAGAGCACGACUGCUUGAAGAACUUCGGAGGCGCAAGGAUCAGCACAAGGGCAAAUGAUACCCCUAUUUGCUGGGGUCCCUCUUAAUUCUUCAUUCUCUUCCUUCCCUAUCAUUAGUAUAUUUGCCCUCCCUGGUAUUGCCUCUCUUCCUCUCAUUCUGACAGAAGAGGGAGCAGAAAAAGGCAUUCACUUCAUGGUAGAUUUCAAAAGGAGGGUGUGGAUGGAAAAGGAGAUCUCUGGGGAAAGGGGGCUGGCCACAAAUGAUGGGAUUCAUGGGUGGGGAGAAGAAGAGAGAAAGGAAAUAAAGAGUAUUCCUGCCUCCUUCAGCACCUACUGCUAUACCGCACCCCCCUUGGUCCUUGGAUUUCCUUGAAGGUAGGUUGGGAGUCUUAUGAGGAAACUGGACAGUUGAGGGCUUCUGGGUCAGUCUGUCUCUUGAGCCAUCUCUGCUACCCUAACCCCUGACCUCCACCACUGGAAGCCUCCAUCCAUCCAAAUCCUGGCUGUCCAGUGCUACUUUUUCCCACUGAAGAUGCCUGAUAGAAUCCGGUAUCAGAGGAGGCAGGAGGAAGGAGAGUCAGGUGAGAUGAGCACCACUGCGACUUAGAUCUGUUCCUUUCUAAUAUCUCCCUUUGCACCCUCCUUCCAGGGAGUUUGAAAUAAAGUCUUUCAAGGGGGUCAGCUAACAUUGGGCUUCUUUUGGAAAAGGUUGUGGGGUUCAAUGUUUGUUUAGCUUUGGUUCUCCUAGAAUAACCCCCUCCCCUCAAAAACAAAAUCCCUUUGUCCACUGGUUUCCCUGGUGCCGACACCUCCUGACUCUUUGGAAUCAGUCUCAAAGACCAAAAGAAAAUAGAAAGGCGAGGGAGUCAUCCCUUUUUACAUCUGGAUGUUCCUCUUCUCUUGACUGUAUUUCAACGCUUCAUUCCCUACCCCAACUAGGGAAAAGAAAACAUUGCUUCAAAAGACCACCUUGCUUGACUACAAACCCAAGACCCUACACGGGCAUUGCUGAAGUUCUUAAAAAUAGGGACCUGCCUGUUCUAGUAGGCAUGACACAUUUCAGCAUCAGGAGCCUCUAGGGGUCGUGCUGACCAACCACUUUGCCUCUCUCUGGGCUGGGGCCCCUCCUUCAGAGAGAUCCCAUAGCUUCUCAUUCUGCUGUCUCCUGUUUCUUAUCUAUCUAACCUAAAUCCUCCCUGCUGGACUCUCAAUCUAUUUCCUUCUAUCUUUCAUAGAGAUGGAAAAUAUCUGGAAAGUGAAAUAACCUUUCUGAUUGAAAAUCAAUUAUUGGACACCCUCAGCCCUUCCUCACCACUUUCUUUUGCUGGACCUCUGAUUUCAUUGGUAUAAUGAGCUCCCUAAGAGGGUGCUGCCUUCCCCAAUGCAGAUGACCACCUGCAACGGGUAUGGUAUUGAGAGUUGACCGGGGCAUCUGGCCAGUAUGUGUCAGAAGCAGGACCUGAACCCAGGUCUUCCUGGCUCAGAGGCCUGUUCUCCAGCCACUUCUGCUUUUCUUUUCUUUUUUUUUUUUUCUGCUAAUGAUUUGGUUGGUUUGGUUUUUUGUUUGAGAGAGUUAACGAUCAACUCCCCUUUACUUAAGUAGGACUAUAGCAGUAUUAACGGCCAGCUUGAAGUGAUAAUAAUUUUUAUUUGAAUAGAGUGAAAACAAUGUGGCAAAUGUGCAUUUUUCUGAGCUGUCUAGCUUUUAAGGUUUAGGUCAGUCACUUUUAUCCAAACCUCCAGAAUGAUACUUCAUUAUUGUUUUAAGAGCAAUGGUUCACAUGGGCCAGUGUGGUAGUCCAGAUAAACCCCUGCCCCUUCUGAAGACAGGCUGUCUGCUGUAGACAGGAAGAUCUUCCUUUCUAGUAUUCCUGCCCUGCCCCUUCUCUAUAACCUCCUGUAUUGGAAAUUUUUCUUGCUGUAAACUAAGAACUUUCCAGCCAAUUCAGGCUUACUAGCCUGAGGGUGGGAAGCCAAUCAGACACCCCUGCUAGAGAGCUUGACCUUGUCUUUCUUCCCCCUCCCAGCCCUGUUGUUUGGGAUGGCCCCAGGUGUGCCCAAUACAAGAGGAAUAGCAUCAUCAGGUCCAGAGGGUGCCUCUUUCUGGACCCCCUUCUUCUUGCCUCAACCUAAUCAUCAUUGUACCACAGCCUAUGUACCCUGUCGCCUCUGGUAUUUCUUUGCCUAACGUGUGACUGUGAUCCAAUUGUAUCUCUGUGCUCCGUGUUCCCUUAUUUCUCCGCCUGUAUCGCGUUAAGCCACUAGCCUUCCCUUGUGAGUUAAUGUAUCCCUAAUAAAAGUCUAUAUAUAUUUUUUUUUUGCAUUAA